CGCAAGUUCUCAUUUCCCGCUUCAUGUUAAACCUGCGGUCAAUUCCCCCAAGUGGCAAUGCCUCAGAAACACAUUCUUUCUCAGGCCACUUCUCGCGGUUCACCGUGUCGAACUUCCUCGUUCCAGAAAUUGGCAACAUCGGUGAGCCGCUCGACUACACUCAAGUGGAGCAGCUCAUCUGUGGGUUAGACGAAAGGCUGGUCGUAGAAGAAGGCGUCAGCGAAGAUGUUGUCGAAGGGGUCGUCGCUGGCUCCCAAGAGGCAGGCUGGGAAGACAACCAGGACGUCUAUCUCGACGUGCGUGGCAUCUGACUGUCACUGAAUCUUCUCCGAGAUCUUAACGUUGGGACAUUGUCACACAAGACUCCCUAAAAUUAAAUAGCAGCUGAAGCCGGCUCGAACUCGGGAGUUUGAAAACCCGCGGGCGCUAGAGCCCGAGCGAAAGUGAGACGCGGACGCCGUGUUUGGUAAUCCCGACGCGAGAUAACUGAAAUUUUACCGAAGACCCAGACCCACAUGCGAACAUUGAAGAGAGAUAGGAUGUAAGGAUUACAGUACAAGCCUCAUAUGACAAUGUCUUCACAUGUUAUCG